AUGCAACCAACAUACUUAUAUACAUCAGAUUUCGAUAGAGAAGUGCAAUGGCGUUCGCGCUUCUCAACAGGAAUACCAGUUAUACUAGGACUUUUGCAAGUUUUGCUAACGUUUACUAUCAUCGGCCUUGAGAUCGCUUCGGUGGUUAUAUCGCCUAUCUUUGGUACACUCUAUGCUGGCUUUUGGUGUUCGAUUGUUUUCACUCUCUCAUGGAUAUCCAUGCUUGGAUUAGUUUGUUGCCAUCGUGCUCGUAAAUGGUCAAUUUAUAUGUUUCUCAUUUCCGUACUCUGUGCUGCUGUAGCCAUUACUUUGAUUGUCUUAGAUGCUCUGUUUAUUGGGAAUAUUACUCGCUGUUUCUUUUUCAAAGUGAAUUGUGAUGAACUACGAUCAAUGUAUCCUCAACUAACCAGUCAACCGCUUGGAAGAAAAGUUCUCGUUUUAAAAGCACAGUUAGCCUGUGCAGUUUUAAUGUUAACGACGGCGAUUUUAUACAUUCUCUUCUUCAUAACGACUAGUAUGAAGGUUCGACGAAGUGCGGGUCGGGUGAUCAUCGAACGUCAUCAAGUACCAACUCAGGUUGUACGAGAAACCCGCCGACCAUCACCACCAGUGUGGAAAUCAGCAUCUCCACCUACGGCGUUCGAUCCAAGUGAAGUGGAAUGCCCACAUUGUGGAACAUUGAUUAAAUUAGCGCAAAGAAAGCGAUAUUCUUAA